AUGGGUGACAUCGAACUGGAGCUGGAACGGCGGCGACUUUGUCAGCGGUCAGUUGAAGUAGAGCGUUGUAAUGUUGGACACGAUGCGGGAUGUGAUUGCGCAGGCGGAGUGUCAGCCCGAACGCUAAUCAAGUUGGCUUUUGCAAGUUGUCAUGGCAUUCGAAGGCACUUGGAAAAUAUUCCCAUUAUUCCCAAUAGCAAAACCGACUUCUAUAUCCGUUCUGAUCUGGAGUUCGUGGACAGUCUGCUUAAGGACUUUCGAUUGGAGGCACUGGUUUACAAUUUAUUCAGGGGCAAGCUGGUGGAGAACCUUUCCAGCGAGAGUGUCGAGGAUCUGGAGAAGACGCAUUUAGAGCGGAUCGACGAGAUGAGGAGGAGGCCCCGCCAGCAGGCGCUGAUGAUCCUGGUUCCCUUGCUCCCUGGCUCCCAGCCAGAAGUCUGAGCCGGGGAUUACUGCUGCUUACCUUGCGGUAUGAAGGAGAGGGGCACUGAACAGUGCCUUCCAAUCCGGCGGCACCUGCAGCUGCCGUUCGGGGUCUUCACAAGUUCAGCUUCAGAUCGAUGUCAACUAUGGCAUUUUCGCCUCGUAUCCCUAACGCUUUUCGUUUCGUAGCUCGUCCAGAGACUCUACCACCCGAGCGGUGAGGGCCCCAAUCCCUCGACCCAACCUUAAACCCCAGGGUUAAAUUCUUAAACUCGUGGGACUGCCUGAUGAAGACCUUCGAUUAUAGGUUAUAGGUUAUAUCUUAUUGUCAAAGGUCUUCCCCUGGCAGCUCCAGGAGUCAAUGAAUUCACUCCUAAAUGUUUAACGGUGGGUCGAGGGAUUGAUUCCCUCAGCGCUCGGAUGGUCUUGAGUCUCGGGAUGAGCAACGAAACGGGAAGCGUUAGAGAUAUGAGGCAAAGAUGCCAUUGUUUGCAUCGUUCUGAAGCUGAACUUGUGAAGACUCGGAACGACAGCAGCAGGUGCCGCCGGAUUGGAAGGCACUCCAAUCCUCGGCUUUGGUUGAGCCUGUUCAGUGCCCUUCUCCUUCACAUCGGCCAUGAUGCACCCAUCAAGAUCCCAUGGGUGACAUCGAACUGGAGCUGGAGUUGUUAGGACCCGGAACGGCGGCGACUUUGUCAGCGGUCAGUUGAAGUAGAGCGUUGUAAUGUUGGACACGAUGCGGGAUGUGAUUGCGCAGGCGGAGUGUCAGCCCGAACGGUGAUUCCCCGCCGACGCCCACAAGCGCAUGCGCACCUCUUUAGACCUGGAAAUGGAACACUGAUACCUAUACAUCGUAUCACACAUCGAAUAUACAUAUACCGGAGUCCCGGAGAGUACGAAGACGGAUCCCUUACCAGUCCGGCAUCAGCCACAAUACGGGUUUUCUCGUUGACUAUAUCUAGUAUUACUCCAAAGCGAAUUAUUUAUAAAUAAAAUUAAGAAAUAUUACUUUUCA